GCUGGUGAAGGGCUUGGAACAUAAACCCUACAAAGAAUGGCUGAGGGAGCUGGGGUUGUUUGGCCUGGAAAAACGGAGAUUCAGGGGUGACCUUAUCACUCUCUACAACUCCCUGAAAGGUGGUUGUACUCAGGUUGGGGUCGGUCUCUGCUCCCAGGCAACUACUGACAGAACAAGAGGACACAGACUUAAGCAGCACCAGCGGAAGUUUACAUCAGACAUCAGAAAAAAAAUCUUAACUGAAAGAAUGAUUGAGUGCUGGAAUUGUUUGCCCAGGGAAGUGGUGGAGUCACCAGCCCUGGAUGUGUUCACAAAAAGACUGAGUGCCAUGGUUUAGUUGAUGAGGAGGUGUUAGGUCAUAGGUUGAACAAAAUGAUUGUAAAGGUCUUUUCCAGCCUAGUUCAUUCUGGGUUUUGCUGAGUGUACAUUGCAGGGGUCGCCAGUACUGUUAAUUUAGAUUCCUCCCACCCAGCUCAGGGUCCCACACCUGAGCCAUAUGGAAAGGAAGAAAAUCUACUGCCACACCAGAGACACUUUUCCUGAUCAACCCUGGAACAUCUGGAUAACCCCUGUCCAUCAUCUCGGGGCACAGGAAACUGUGUUAGAAUCAAAAGUUCUCACAAAACAAGAGAGACUGCAAAGGAAGAAGAAACUGCCUGCAAAGCUGCAAUCUAUUCCUUAGUUACAGCUGAAUAUUUUAAACCCCAGCUUUAUUAUUGCUGGAGCUGCCUCAUUUCCCUGGCACAAGGUGUUAGUCACAGAGGGCUGUGGAGCCCAUUCCCAUUGUUCCCGAGCUCCCUGGGCUGCUAUAAAAGGCUGCCAAGGGCACUCGGUGUCACUGCACUGGAGCAGCACCACGGGGCUGGCAGGAGGCUCUGCAGGUCAGGGCUGCACUGGAUCCAAACACCACCAGCAGUGAAAGCAAGAACAGAGGGAAAGAUUUCUGAUCCACCAUCAGCUUCUCGUCCUGUGGAGCUGUUUAAAAGAAGAGAGAAAAUGUUCCUGCCCCAGAGAUCUCUGCAGACAGUUACACUUUUGGCAAUUCUUUUUUUUGCCUGUUUUGCAAUGUGCCAAGACCUUGAAAAGAGGGCAGUGACCGAGCACCAGCUCAUGCACGACAAAGGGCGGGCGGCCCAGGGGCUGAAGCGCCUGCGGUGGCUGCACCACGCCCUGGGGGCCGUGCACACCGCCAGCAGCAGGGACAUCCCCGUCCCCAACGCCGCGUGGGAUGCGCACAAGAGCCGAGAUCCCUCAGAUUUCAACAGCAACCACGGAGAGGAGGCUUCAAGCUUCAUGAAACAGCUGCUGGAACCGAUGGAAGCUCAGGGCUUCGUCCCACUGAAGCAGCUGGAUGGGAAAAUCCCACAGGGUGAAAUCCCUCCAAGAGCUCCCACAGCAGCAGGAAAACAGAUUCAUGAGGCCACCUGUGUUUCAUGAGAGGCACCACUGGAUUUUGCUGUUCACCUUUGAUAACAAAUUGACCAUCUCUGUCUGAGCAAAGCUAGAUCCAGUUUAACUGUAAAGUCAGUCUUUCAGAAAUUAAAUCUGUCAUGUGUGUUAAAAGUCUAUCAGCAUUUCCAUUGAGUAGGGACUCUACACACUGUUUUAAAGCCUGAAAUUCCUCUGUUGCUGAUAGACUUCAACUGUAUUGAAUGGAGUUCUCAAUGAUUAAAAUGCGAACAAUAAAACCCGUUUUCACCCUCUUA